GGGUGGGGCGGGGUGCUCCGGGCCGUUCAAUGUAUCACAGUGGGAGCGCUGUCGCUGAUGAGUUGGAUUCUGGCGGAGUUUGAGGAGUUUUGAAACCUGUGUUGCUUUGAAACAAAAAGAAGUGAUGAAAGUAUGAUAUUCAGGACUUCCGGAGACAGAAUUCUUUCGCUUUAAGGGAUUGCAUUGAGGGGAGAGUGGAUGGAGCAUCUCUGAAGCAGUUUGGGGAAACAAUACAGUUAAAAAGUCAUGGGUAAUUUCAAAGGACAUGCACUCCCUGGAAGCUUUUUCCUUCUAUUUGGCCUCUGGUGGUCCGUGAAAUAUCCUAUGCGAUAUCUCUGCAGAAAGAAUAAGAAUGUUUGUUAUCUAACAUCAAUGUCUGGGCAUCGACGAUUAGACAUCAUUGAGGGAAUUGUAAAAGCUAGCUUUGCACUGAUAGGUAUGUUAGCUGAGCAAUUUGUCCCUGAUGGACCUCAUCUGAAGCUAUACAACUAUGAGGAACAGCAUUGGGAUCACCUGAUGAACUGGCAGCAUGCAACUAUGUAUCUCUUCUAUGGUAUCUCGGGGAUUGUGGACAUUAUUGUCCAUUUAACACCUGCAGUGCCAUUAGCCCUGGAUAGACUCAUGCUUGCUAUUGCAGUCUUCAUUGAAGGUUUCUUAUUUUAUUAUCAUGUCCAUGGGCGUGCGAUGCUUGACAUUCACGUCCAUAUUCUGCUGUUGGUGGCUGUGUUUGGUGGUUCCAUUAGCAUCUUUCUUGAAGUCUUUCUCCGUGGGAAUAUAGUACUGGAGCUUUUGAGGACAAGCCUUUGUAUACUGCAGGGCAGCUGGUUCUGGCAGAUUGGGUUUAUUCUCUAUCCUCCUAAUGGAAGCCCUGAAUGGGACCAAAGCAGCCAUGACAAUAUGAUGUUUAUUACUAUGUGCUACUGUUGGCAUUACGCCUUUUCGCUUCUGAUUGUGGCCAUUAGCUAUGCAAUUGUCAGUUGGGUGAUUCAUACAAAGUUAAAACGCGUUGAGCCUCUGGAAAUGGGACUGCUUAAAUCAUCUGAGAAAGAUCAAGAGACUGAAGAAGAAAUGUAGCCAGAUAAAUUUUGUCAUUUGCUACUACUGUGCCUUCUUUAUUACUGGAAUAUGCCUUUUUAAAAAAAAAAUACCUUUAGUGAUUUUUGGUUGACCUCCUUUCCUAUGGGUAAACCUGUGUCUAUGAUGAAGUGCUUUAUGCAUGAAAAUGAACUGUAUUGUCUGUACUUUUCUGCAUUGUCCAUAAUUUGUGACAAGUCUGUUGAUGGUAAAGGCUGGCAUUGUGCAACUUCAUACCAUGUUCCACUCUUUGUCAGUGAUGGAAGAUGGGAGAAAUGCAUUCUUUUGUCAGAAUCUCAUUUUUUUUGUGCUUUAAAGUUGAAAACAAAAUGAGAAAAAUCAGAAUAGGAAUUAAGGUGAUUUGUAAAAUGUAGUUUGUCUGUCUGAGAGAAUGGAAGUCUGAUUAUAAUUUUAGUCAUUUUUAAAAUGUCCCUGCAAGGUGGAUUUCAGUUUGAGAAAAUAUGUUGCCUGGGACAUAUCCAGAAAUGUUUAAGACUUUUGAUGAAUCUUGAAGGUCUGUUCUUUCUGAAUACCUGAGUAUGCUCUAUACGAGGUAGUGCAGUUCAGGCUGCUUUCCAUUUUAAAGCAGUUUACCAAUAACACUGAUAUUCCACGAGAAAGGACAAAGGCUUAAAUGCUUCAGGUUGGCACUGUCCCUUUCAGGAAAAAAAAGAUUAUACUGAUAAUAGAACAUAAAAUAGAAAAGAAUUUGAAUGGAAGUUUCAUAAAGAAAAUUUUGAACAAAGAUCAAUGGAACGAAAUUGGUCUGGGCCAUUACAUGAAACGUGCUCAGAGUGAACAAGAAAUCUGUUUUACAUUGAGUUGAAAAGAAAGUCAACACUAGCUAUAGGAUUCCUAUGGGUCUACUUCACGGUCCAGUCAAAGAUAAAAAUUUUACCUCCCCCAACCCCCGUCACCCACUUUCACAUGCUUGAAGUAUCUGCAGUCACAUCAUUGCAAAGAUUCUGUCAGAGCCAUACAUGAAAAAAGACCUAUGGUUUUUAUAUUUGUAGCAAAAUCAUGUGUUCUUUAUACAUGUGUUUAUGCUUUAAGAAAAAAUGAGUAAACGUUGCAAACCAAGAUAAAUAAUUUCUAAGUUCUGCUUGAGAAGUUAUUGGUGCCAAGUAUCUCCUUGGGUAUUUUUUAAGUUUAACCACCACAACUGCAGAUGCUUUAGGAUAUUAGUGGGGUUUCCAACAAUCUUGUGAUAAUGGUGACUGAAGGAUUCCAAGAAAAUUCCUAGCUGGUUCUAUUUAAUACGAUCUCAAUAACAGAAUGCCAUGUGUUUCUCUUGGACCAUUUUACAAGUAGAAAUGCUGUCUUGUCAUUAGACAUAUUCUCAUAGUAGUGUUUGAAAAUAAUGUUAAAGGGAGAAAAUCUGUGUACCAUAAUUGAACUUUUGAGAUGAGAACAACAUUUAAAAUCAGUGUAGGAAAUAAAGCACAGAAGGCUGAGGACUGACGAAAAAGUGUACCUAAUGACAAAUGAAUAUUUAGUCAAGGCUGAUGUAGAUUUCACUGUACAAACAAGAAGACAAAUCAGAUGUGGUAAACAGGUGCCUUUCACUACAAUGAUCCUCCAAGGCUAAUAUUUAACAUGUUUCUUUACCUUUGGAACAUUUUUGUGUCUUAAUUUUUCAGGACCAGGAAAUUACUUGCAAACUUUGUUCUCUUGAUGACUGUUUGUGCUGUGAUAUUGAUGACAUAUUAUUAGUUAAUCUAAUAUCUGGCAUCAUUCACUUCUGAUGGACAAGGCAUUCUUGUCACAUUAGACCAUUGUACUUCAAACACUGGGCAUCAAGCCUGAACCACUUUCUGGACUAACAUUUAGGUCCACUGGUUAUACUUAACUAAGCUUUACACUUUUUCAUAAGUUAAAUGGAAAGUUAAUUUGGAACAGAUUGUACCAUGACCAGAAACUGUUGCUACAGUGUUUUUUUAAGAAAAGAAAGUACCCCUGUGUAGUUUAGUAAAUUGGUUUAUUUUUGUCACAUGUACCGAGGUACAGUGAAAACUUGUUUUGCAUGCUGUCCAUACAGAUCAUUUCAUUACAAAAGUGCAUUAAGAUAGUACAAGGGAAAACAAUGCAGAAUAAAGUGCUAUGGUUACAGAGAAAGUGCAGUGCAGGUAGACAGUAAGAUGAGGUAGAUUGUGAGGUCAAGAGUCUAUCUUAUACUAGGGACUGUUCAAUGGUCUUUUAACAGCGGGAUAGAAGCUGUCCUUGAGCCUGGUGGUACUUGCUUUCAGGUUUUGUAUCCUCUGCCUGAUGGGAGGGGGGCAAAAAGAAAAUGUCCAGUGUAAUUUAGAAUGAGAUGGAAGAAAAUUCAGGAAGAGAGUUUUGGUUCACACUGCCUAAACAUCCUGAAUUUCUCUACCUUAUUUGCCAGAAUAUUGGCAUAUACUUUUACGCACAAUGUGCAUUUUAGGAUGUCAGUGCUACUUCAUGAUAUAUAAAUGUCUUCAAGCCAACAACAGCAGUAACUGGUUAGUGAAAUACAUUAAUCAGUCGUAUCCAUAACCACCCAGGGGAGGGGGGUGGUUGGGUAUUGGUAUUGGUUUAUUAUUGUCACUUGUACCGAGGUACAGUGAAAAGCUUUUAUUACAAACCGAUCAUACAAGUCAAUUCGUUACACAGUGCAGUUACAUUGAGUUAGUACAGAGUGCAUUGAUGUAGUACAGGUAAAAACAAUAACGGUACAGAGUAAAGUGUCACAGCUACAGAGAAAUUGCAGUGCAAUAAGUUGCAAGGUCACAACAAGGUAGACUGUAAGGUCAUAGUCCAUCUCAUUGUAUAAAGGGAACUGUUCAAUAGUCUUAUCACAGUGGGGUAGAAGCUGUCCUGGUGGUAUGUGCCCUCAGGCUCCUGUAUCUACCUGAUGGAAGAGGAGAGAAGAGAGAAUGUCCUGGGUGGGUGGGGUCUUUGAUUAUGGGUGUUGCUGUGGUGGUUAUUGAGAAAGACCAAGUGUUAGCAAACUUGAAACUGUUUGGAAUCCUGGACUGAAAAAGGAAAUUGAAUUAACUUCUGGAAUUAUUACUGAGGAAAAGCUUAAUUUUUUUUAUGAUACCACUGAGUAGAUAAAAAGAACAAAAACACCACCGUUUUAGUGUAGGUACAUCCUAUAGGUAUUAUGAUACAAUAUACAGUAGUUUUUGUCUCUAUUGGGGAAAAAUAUUGACACCAUUCCUCACUCCUACUGCAUGAUGGUUGCAACCUGACAACUGUGCUGGCAAUUUGUUCCAACUGCCACUCCUCCUCCUCAGCCAAUGCAAAUGCCUCCUCCCUUACACUCUCACCAAUUUACACUCACCAAUUUACACCCUCCACCCACCUGACCCCAACCCCAUCUUCCAAGUCCAAUGCUGUCAGACCUCUAUCUCCAAAAAAAAACUCUGGGCUACCCCUCUCACUUCCUGUUCCCUGCUCAACUGCUACCAAUGUCUGUAAUUGUGCCUGCCUGUCUUCAGUCAGAUGAGCUCAAUGUGUGCUUACAUGUUGAAAAAUUAGAAAAGAAUUUUAGACAUUUGACUAACUCAAACAUUCUCAUUUUGCCUUAAACAUUUAAGAAUUUUGAGUAUUCUCCCAAUUACUUUUUCAAAUCUACAUACUUAUCAAUUUUAAAAUGUUAAGCAUUCAACGCUCAUAUUUACACAAUAUACAUGUUUUAAGAGCUAUACUUGAUGUGCAGUAUGCAAAAGAUUGAACAGGAAAGCUUGAAACCAUUGUAGAUUUUUUUUUGUAGAAAUGGCUUUUUAUAAAUAAAUUCAUUGUAGAUAAACUUAGAUUUUCUUUUUAUGCAAUCCUAAGUAAUAUAUAGUCAGGUAAGCAGUAUAUAUCAUGGAUGAAAUUAAUAUUUAUUUUCUAAAACUGAGAAAUAUAUUAUGUAGUUUUAUCUUUGUUAAACAAACACAAUUCUUGAAGUUGAUUCAGUUAAUUUAAAUGUUGUAUAAUUGUUUCAGUUUGCCAUUGAGCUUGCUUACAGUGCAAUCUUUUUUCAGCAAGGACCAAAAAUGAUCUCCAAACUCUCUUAAUUAGUGGAUAAUUUCAAAAGAAUGUAUAUAUUUGAUUUUAUAUUGAUUUGUUUUCCAUUUAAUUUUGCUGCCUGAAAUACAUUUAUUUUCUGAAGCUUAUAAUGCCCUUACUAUAUAUUGGGAAGAAUAUAUCUGUCAAUUCAAAUUGUACUGUACUUAGGUGGUUAUAUGAAUAUGUUAAUGUCAAUGAAUCUAUUUCUGAAGGAAAUAAAGGAAAUGAAGAUUCUUUAACUAGAAAUAGUCAAAUAUUAAGUUCUUUCAGUUUGUUAAAAGUUGUUGUAAUAUACCUAUGUUGAUGUCUUAAGUUUCUAAAAAUGAUUAAAAUUGUUAUUCUUAAAUUAUUUUUUCAUUUCUCUAUAAAUUGUGUUCAAGCAAAUAUGACUAAAUGACUCUGUAUGUUAACAUAAGGAC